AUGUUGGGAGUUGUUGCGGCGGUGAGGCCCAAGCACAGCCGGCCAAGGCGGGUGUAAAACCCAGGUUGUGUCCACCCCAAAGCUCGACGCCUCUAGAAGCCAUGGCUUUUCCACUGAAGCUAGAGCCGGACAUGCAGGGGAAAGUAGAUUUGUUUCGGGCCCGUGUCGCCCAGGAGGCCAAGGAUCUCGUGUCCAUCUUCUUUCCUCAGAAGGUCUUGGAGCUGAAUAGCGAGUUCAGGAGCUCCAGCUACAAGACCUGUCCAGAAUCCAUUUGGUGCCAACCCCGGAGUCCCUGGCCACCCCAGGCAACGUGGGAGAUGGGCCCAACCAAAAUCUGCCACUUCUGCUGACUCAGUUCUCCAUCAAGGGCCCAGCACUGCUUGGCAGCGAGGGACAGUUUCUGAGGAGCAACCAGCAUCUGGUGGAGCUGAUUGAGUGGGUGAAACCUGAGAUCAAGCUGCUGAGAGAAGAAUGCAACACAGUGCGGAUGUAGGUGCACCUGCUUAUCCCAAAGAUGGAGGAGGGCAACAACUUCAGGGUGUCUAUCCAGGAAGACACUGUGGACCAGCUGUGGACUGUGGAGAGCACAGCAGCCUCCUCUCUAUGCGGCUUCUCCACCUACUACAACACUCUGGCCAAGUUGGUAUCCAAGAUAGUGAAAUACCCCCAAGUGGAAGAUUAUCGCCGCACUGUAGAGAGGUCGACGAAAACGAGUACCUGAGUGUGCGCCAGAUCCUGCUGCACCUACGGAACGAGUAUGCCACCUUGAGUGAUGUAAUCCUUAAAAACAUUGAGAAGAUCAAGAUCCCUCGGAGCACCAACAGUGAUAACCUAUACCGAUAGCCUUUCUCCACCCCACUUGCCUUCAGGAGUUGGCGGAGCUGUUUAGGCACCUAGAAGGCUGGUUAUUAAUGACUCUACAGGUGAUGAAAUUACUGGAAAUGUGUGUUACCAUUUAGAAUUUCAUACAGCUUAUCCUCAUACCGAAUCAUCUUUUGGUGUAAUUUUUAUUUGAUUUUCCUUUUGUGAGGAGAAUGGGGACAAACCAUCAAGGAGAAAAGACUGCCGUUUUUAAAAGCAGCUUUGUAGGUGAAUGUUGGCCAAGGUUUCUUUAUUAUGGCCCUAGCGACAUUGAAUGGUUUCACGGGCUACUUAAAAACUAAAUCUUAAAGUUAAGUGAAGUUUUUCCUAAAGUUCUGCUAUCCGUUAAACUUUGUUCAAACUUACAGAAAUCUUCCUUUUACAGCAUCAUUUUUCUUUUUUUUGCAAGGAACGGAGUUUAAAGGGAUAUGUUUAGGUCAUUGUAUGCCUCCAGUUUAACAGAUUGAAAUAAAACUUGGUUAUAAAAUUUUAUGA